AAAAUCAAUAUAGCUUUUGAAAUAGUUAGGGCACUUAAUUUUAUUCAUUUUGAGAAUUUAAUUCAUAGAGAUUUGCAUUCUGGAAAUAUAUUGUAUUCACGACGUAGUAGUAAUUGGUAUAUUAGUGAUCUUGGAUUUUGUGGACCUGCUGAUAAAUCAUCAAAAAGUGUAUAUGGAAAUCUUCCUUAUUUGGCACCUAAGGUUAUUUCUGGGAAACAAACUACAGAAGCAUCUGAUAUCUAUAGUGUUGCAAUACUUAUGUGGGAAAUUACAUCUGAACAACCACCAUUUAUUAAUUAUGAACAUGAUUAUAAUCUUGCAAUGAAUAUAAUCAAUGGUAUAAGGCCAAGAAUAGUAUCAGGAACUCCUGUUGAAUAUAAGAAUUUAAUAGAAGAAUGUUGGGAUGCUGAUUCAUCAAAAAGACCU